AUGUCAUUUGAAAACAAAGUUACACCAGUGCUUCAGAAAUGGACAAAAGAUGACCAAAUACCAAUGAUCGUAGGUGGAGUAGUCAGUCAGAAAGGCAUUGAAUACUUGCACGCCGAAGGUGUCAAUGAUACCGCCAAUAGAGACAAUAAAACUACUACCGAGACAAUAUUUGAUCUCUAUUCGUUGAGUAAAGCAAUAACUACAACAGCUAUGGUACAACUUUUGGAUUCUGGAGUUGUAGGCAUUGAUGAUCUUGUGGAGACAUAUGUUUCCGAGAUGAAAGAUUUCCAAAUGAUUAAGGACUUUGAUGAUGAUGGAAAACCUAUUCUUACGAAACCCAUUAAUAAACCAACAAUUAGAAAUUUGUUAACACAUACCGCUGGCUUGGCUUAUGCUUUCUUUGAUACAAAGGAAUUGCAAAUGUUUAGAUACAUUCGUAAGAACAAAAUAAAGAGACCAUUAGGUGGAGAAAUUCCUACAGCAUACGUUCAUGAACCAGGUACUCAAUUUCUUUAUGGUUCAAGUACCGAUGUUGCAGGGAAAGUCAUUGAAAGAGUAUCUAACCAAACAUUAGAAGAAUACUUCCAAGAUCAUAUUUUCAAACCCUUAGGAAUGAACCAUACAUCCUUUAUCAGAACUCCAGAAAAACUUCAGAACAAAGCAAAGGUGCAUCGUAGAGUGGAUGGUGGUUUCAAAAAAGGGCCAGAAUUUAAAAAUCCUGAUUCCAAUCUGUAUCAAGGGGGUUCAGGACUCCGUGGCACAAUUGGUGACUUUUUAAAGUUUCUUCAGGUCUUUCUUAAUGAUGGGUGUUCAGCAGAUGGGAAGCAAAUAAUCUCAAAGGAAGCUUUACACAAAUAUUCCUUUGCAAACUUGGUGCCCCCAGAUAUAUCAUUAGAUUCAGAUCUGGGACUGUUACAACCCCAUGAAGCUCUUCUGAUGACUUUUCUUAAUGAGCUUCCAAAGGGUAAACAAGGUUGGACUGCAUCAUUUUAUAAGCUUGAUGUACCACUUCCCACUGGUCGUAAAGAGGGUUCAUUCAUGUGGUCAGGAUUAGCUAAUUUAUUCUAUUGGAUAGAUCCAAAAUCAGGUAUUGCCGGAGUAUUUGCUACUCAAGUGCUUCCAUUCUUUGAUGUUACUGCCAUUAAUGCAUAUAUUGAGUUUGAGACUGCUGUCUACGAUUCGAUUACAUCAUCUCAAAGCAAGUUGUAA